AGGUGACGUGGACACGGAAGUGGUCGUCGUCGUCGCGGCGGCACCGGUGGGAGCAGGGCGCGGGGAUCGGAGUGCGGCCGGGCGGGCGACUGAGCAGCGGAGGUUUCGCACCUGGGGCGGCGGAGGGCGCAGACGUUGUCGGUUGGGUGCAAGUCCGCUGAGCCGAGGAGCGGCUUCUCAAGCAUCUCCUGCAGGUCGGAGCCCCGGAGCUAGGACCCGCUCAGCCGGCGUCACCAUGACCAAGGCCGGUAGCAAGGGCGGGAAUCUCCGCGACAAGCUGGACGGCAACGAGCUGGACCUGAGCCUCAGCGACCUGAACGAAGUCCCAGUCAAGGAGCUGGCUACCCUUCCAAAGGCCACCGUACUGGAUCUGUCCUGCAAUAAGCUGACUACUCUACCGUCGGACUUCUGCAGCCUCACUUACCUGGUGAAGCUGGACCUGAGUAAGAACAAGCUGCAGCAGCUGCCGGCUGACUUUGGCCGUCUGGUCAACCUCCAGCACCUGGACCUCCUCAACAACAGACUGGUCACCCUGCCUGUCAGCUUCGCGCAGCUCAAGAGCCUGAAGUGGCUGGACCUGAAGGAUAACCCCCUGGACCCUGUCCUGGCCAAAGUGGCAGGGGACUGCCUGGAUGAGAAGCAGUGUAAGCAGUGUGCCAGCAAGGUGUUACAGCACAUGAAGUCUGUGCAGGCGGACCAGGAGCGGGAGAGGCAGCGGCGGCUGGAAGUAGAACGAGAGGCUGAGAAGAAGCGGGAGGCCAAGCAGCGAGCCAAGGAGGCGCAGGAGCGGGAGGUGCGGAAGCGGGAGAAGGCGGAAGAGAAGGAGCGCCGGAAAAGGGAGUACGAUGCCCUCAAAGCACCCAAACGAGAGCAGGAGAAGAAACCUAAGAAGGAAACGAAUCAGGCCCCGAAAUCCAAGUCUGGCUCUCGGUCCCGUAAGCCACCGGCCCGGAAGCACACCCGGUCCUGGGCUGUGCUGAAGCUGCUGCUGCUGCUGCUGCUGUGCGUGGCCGGCGGGCUGGUGGUCUGCCGGGUGACCGAGCUGCAGCAGCAGCCCCUCUGCACCAGCGUGAACACCAUCUACGACAAUGCGGUCCGGGGCCUGCGCAGCCACCACAUCCUCCAGUGGGUCCUGCAGACCGACUCUCAGCAGUGAGCUUGUCCUCAACACCGGCUGCCUCCCGGCCUUGGAGCUUGGAUUCCUAUGGAAUUGGGUUCUGCUGGACCAACCUCUUUUUAGCGUCAGACCUACCUGCCGUCAUUAAAUGGCUGCUCAUUGGUACUUGAGAACCUCCUCUUUGUAGGACUUCUUUGUUCCUUAGUCAGGGCUCCCUGGUGGAAUAAGUGCAAGGCGGGGAGAGAAAAACCUGCAUGCCUAAGGAGUAGGCUUGGGGGUGGGGAGAGGGGGAAAAACAGAGCCUUUCUAGUUGUUACACAAAGCUAUGUAAAGGCAAGGCUCAUUUCUACUAAAUGGUCAGCUGUCACUACAUUUAUAGUUUUGUAUGUCACAAACCUUUUCUUUCAUUCCCCCCUGGGUAGCCAGGGCAGAUCAGGAGGCAGUGGGUUGUUGUUGGGGACUAGGGAACACCAUACUUAGCAAAUCUAGCCUAAAUUGGAGGGGAGGGGCACAUGUGUUUUCUUAAGGGACUCAGGCAUUCAUUUUGAUGACCACACAAAACCUCAGGCUCAGAAAGGGACUUGAAGACUGUCCAAUCCAACAGAACACUUGCUGAUAAGGAACUUGAGGCCUUGCAUGACUUGCUUACAGUCUCCCAGUUAGUUUGAGAGGGCUGGACUUCCACUCUGGUAUCCUUUUUUUCUUUCCCAUCAUUUUGCCUUCCUUACUAUGUCCUGAGAGAACGGAACUCACACGAGAACUGAGUCUCUCAGCCAGAGUGUGGAAUCUUUCAUGUGGACAGAUUCAUGACUCACAGAAAUCUUACAGCCAUGAAGGUCUCAGACAGCCCCUGUGCAGUCCUGCGCCUAGUUAUGUGGCUUCCCUAAAACGCCUUGAUUCCAGAGCAUUAACUCUCCCCCAUUGCCAGGAGGCAAGGGGGACCUUUACAAAGCCACACUGUCUACUACCUGCAUAAUCAGGUAGCAUCACGGUGGUGCUACCAUGACAGUGGGCAGGGACUGUCAUCACUAGUGCAAGUAGGGGCAGGACUGCCACUCUCUUAUCCGCCGGGCUGUUUUCUGGCUCAGUGGCCUUUGCUCCAUCCCUGACAACAGCAGGAUGAAGGGAUCAGGAAUAGCCGUGUCAUGGUGCUCACUCGCUGAGGUCAGAUGGUGAGCUCCUUGCCUCGUCAAGGAGAGCAAAAACCUGUUAUGAUCCAGACACGAGGAUGGGUCCAGCUUCUAAGCCAUAGUGGCCCAGUUGGAUAGGACUGCCACGUGUGACUGUCCCGAUACCAGAAGAAACGACUUUUCUCCCCGAAGGAUAGCUCUGCUGCACAGGUCCCCACCUUACUUGGUAUCACUACACAUUCCUUUAGUCUUCCUCCAAGCUCCAGAGCCGUUGGUACAAAUGCUUUAUUGAACCCAACCAUGUAGCACAUAAAAUAAGUCUGAGAAUACAGAGGUCGGCACAGUGAUCAGACCCGUCCCCAGCUGGUUGAGGCAGCCCCAGCACGUCCCAGGCUGGAGCACACCCAGCCUCGUACAGUCGGUCCGCCGAGGGCAGUUCACUCAUGAUCUCUAGACCUGAUGACGAGGUUCUUUUGGAUUUCUACAACUAUUAAACAUGUGUCUGAGCAGUC